AUGGACCAGAACUGCGAGUUGAUUCCCACGAUACCCGAUGACGAGACCCACGGCGUUCUUGGUCUAACAACUCUUUACGAACCGUUACCUCCUACUAGCGUUUCGGCGGAUAUUGUCUUCGUUCACGGACUAGGCGGAGGUAGUCGAAAAACAUGGUCCUAUUCUAUCGAUCGGUAUCAUUACUGGCCGCAAGCAUGGCUUUCAAAAGAUCCGGACUUCACGGAUAUACGUAUCAACACAUUUGGUUAUAAGUCUGACUGGGUAGAACGACAACAGAGUAUCCUUAAUAUUCACGACUUCGCCGAGUCGCUAGUCGGAGAACUAAAAAACAACCCUAGCAUACGGCGUAGUAAUACACGUAUUAUAUUCGUUUGUCAUAGUAUGGGCGGAUGCGUCGCUAAGAAGGCUUACAUUCUGGCACGUCAGGAUCCGACUUGUAAAGACCUCGCCGAUAGAAUCCACUCAAUAUUCUUCUUAGGCACUCCGCACCGGGGCAGCGAUCUUGCUGCAAUACUGCAGAGGUUGUCUAUCAUCGCCUGGGGCUCGAAACCGUUCGUCUCUGACCUCAUCCCCGACUCGUCUACAUUAAGGGAUAUUAACGAUACGUUCCGUCACUAUGCGUCAGAUCUGCGUCUCUGGUCCUUUUACGAGACGGCCCCCGUCAAGCCUAAGAUUUUGAACAAGAUCGUAGUUGAGAGACAUUCGGCGACGCUUGGUUAUCCCAACGAAGAGAUUAUUGCUAUGAACGCUGACCACCGCGAGCUAUGCAAAUUCAACAGUCCGGCUGAUCCUAACUACAGAAUCCUACGAAAUGCCCUCCAUACGGCUGCUGACAUGCUAAGAUCGUUGCCACUUCAGAACGUAACCCCUUUACAACCUCACAUCCACAUGACUUCUGCGCAGCAGGAUUCGAACCAAGAGAGCAUUAAACAACGCCUAAUGUCGUUCCUAGAUGUCGUCGAUACGUUAGAAGAUGAGCUUCAAAUUCUCCAAUUGCUCCAAGAGCCCGGCUCUUGUCGGUGGUUCUCAGAAGCCAAGCGGUUUACCUCGUGGAAAGCAGAUGAGUCUCCAGGAAUACUCUGGCUUACUGGGAGACCAGCUUCCGGAAAAUCAGUUCUUUCCAGCCACGUAGUUGAGCAGGUGAAGUCGCAAGGUGCUUCUUGUAGCUAUUUUUUCUUCAAGGAAAAGGAGGCUAGCAAGUCUACGCUUAGCGAUUGUUUGCGUUCGCUCGUCUUUCAGAUGGCCAUGCAGGAUAUCCAUGUUACAGAAAUGCUCCUUCAACUCGAAAGCGAAGGUGUGAGCUGGGAUAUAACCGAUGAGCUGAGCGUUUGGAGGAGGCUUUUCAUCAGUGGGGUCUUCAAGCUACCAUCUAUCUCUCGCCACUUCUGGAUAAUCGACGGCGUGGACGAGUGUACUAACUUCAAUUCUCUCUUCACCAAAAGGAUCCUGAGCACAAUACCUAAGGGCCUCCGCCUUUUCGCUACCAGCCGAAAUCUAGAAGAGAUCGGACGUGGUUUGACGUCUCUCGGUUCACGUGUGAGCCUACAAUCCCUAUCCGAAACCGAUACGCUUGGCGAUAUGCGUCUCUUCGUGACUUCGCGACUCAGAGAGCUAGACCGCCUAGAAACCGACGAAAGCGUCCAUGCGAUGUGCGAGAAGAUCCUAAAGAAGUCAUCCGGCUCUUUCUUAUGGGUCCGACUCGUACUUCAAGAGUUCGAGAAUGCUUGGACCAGCGAAGCCAUGGAUGCUGUCUUGCAUGAAGUGCCUAUAGACCUUCAAGAGAUGAGUCUUGACACCGGUGAACAUGAAACGAUCUCCUGGAGAGGCAUGCACGACGGAGAUAUCACCGGUACUAUGGAGAUUCCUGAUCAACCACCCAAGAAAGCGGCGUUCUCUACUGCGGGUGAAACUGUGCUACUCGCCGUGGGUUAUCGAAAUUACCCAAUAUUUAUCUGGAACGCUUUUGAGCUGCAGUUACUAGGACAAUGCGUAGCCGACGGAACCAACGGCAUAGAUGAUAUGACAUUUAACCCCAACCCUGAGAUCGCUACGCUAGUCGUGUCCUACAGCGACGGCAGGCUGUUUCUAUUUGAUUACAUGACCAUGAUACCCACGUUCACUCGUCCGAAUAUGUUCGCGAAUAGCAUCGCCUGUUCCCCAGACGGUCGCAGCCUUGUCACUGGUAGCACCAGGGGUAUUAUUGAGGUAUUCGAAUUCGACCAGGACCACGCCGGAAACAUAGUACUAGUUCCCAUAUACGGCAUCCAAGCCUUCGAUGACUCGAUCCGUAGUGUAACAUUUAGUGCUGAUGGUCUACGUUUCGUCGACCUUCACGACCAACAAUGCCGUGUCUGGGCACCUGCAGCACUGAUGCGGAAGGAAAACGAACUGGAGAGCGUAAGUGACAUUGUUCCGCAACCCCCCAAAAUAGUCGACAUUCUCGAGGAAUCGGAGACCCCGGAGAUCACGAGUGAUUUAGUUGUGUCUUCCAACGGCGGCUGCGUUGUUGCAGGCAAGAGUAACGGCGAGGUCCUGGCAUUUUCAGCUAGCAGUGGGAAGGAAUUAGGCGUAUUGUAUCAACACGGAAGAGGCGUAUCUGUUAUCCAUCUUGCUCUAGGAGAGGCACGCAACUUAGUCGUUUCAGCGGAUGAUUCUGGCAGGGUAUUGGUGGUAGAACUAACUUCGUCUCUCCCCGCAUCAUCAGCGUCACAGAAGUUACCAGCCGCGCGUAUCAUACUAGACCACCGGUUCGGUACCGCUGUUGUUAGUCUACUGAUUAACCCCUCAGCAGAUCGGCUUCUAAUUAGUGGACGCGGCAUCGACGAACUUUGCGAUUUGCUGUCAGGUCGGGUUUUGAGUUCGAUAUCUCACGUCGUCAGUAACUCCAUGUCGAUGACUCUCAGUCAACAGGUUGCCAUUUUGGACGUAGGCGGAAGUUCGACAACAGCUGUAGCCUUUCAGCAUCCAACUAACGAGGAUUGGGCCGUGCUGGUGUUUGCUGAUACCGCUCGAAUCUUCUGCUGGUCCGAUUUCCGGGAGUUAACUACCGCGAACGGCAUCCUCCUUCAACCCCCCUUAACACCUGUCGAGCCUCGCCCCUUCAAACACUCCACGACUCUACGUCUGGCCAAUAUCAGCAUUCGAUCCAGCAACACCAUUACCCCAAGAACCACUGCCAACGGAAGUGAGUCUGAGUAG